ACCUUGUCAAUCUCCCUCUUUCACUUUUCAAUCCUUAUUCUUCUUCUUCGCACCACUUUCCGCAUAACACUUCGCCAAUCGCCAUGGCCACACACCCGCAACCUCCUCCUACCUCCUGCAACAACGGCGGCAAAAACGCCUUCUCCUUCCUCUCCAGAGGCUGGCGCGAGGAUCUCCGCCUCAUGCGCGACCGCGCCAACUCCUUCACCAACCUCGCCCUCGCCACGCCCUUCUCCUCGAGCCUUCCGCCGCUGCCGGCCGAGGUCGAUUUCGUCAAGAAUCUCCGCCCGAAGCUCUCGGAGAUCCCGACGUGGCGGCCGGCGAGGUCGGGUAGGGUUCUGAUUGACCUAUCGGCGAUCAGGGAGGCCUUCGAGUCGGAGGUGGAGGGUGUGGAUGGAUUUCUAGGGUUUGAUGGGGUCAAGAAAGGGAAACGCAACAGCUGGAAGAGGUUGAAUUGCAGGGAGUUCUGGGAUGAACACCGCCAUAGGGAUUGGGAGCCCAUUCGUGCGUUGAAGACAAGGCUCAGAGAGUUCGAGAAGAAUAGCGAGUUUGUUGAGAAAUUGAAAUCAAGCUUCAAGUCAAUGUGCAAGGAGGCUCAAGAAUUAAAGGAAGUUCCCCCAUUGGAUGUGCCGGAACUUCUGGCCUAUUUUGUUAGACAAUCUGGACCGUUUUUGGAUCAACUUGGAGUCAGAAGAGAUAUACGUGACAAGAUAGUUAAAAGCUUGUAUACCAAACGUAAGAACCAACUUCCACCGCACUCCUUUUCUGGAGAAGAAUUUUCUGUUCUUGGAAAUGGGAACAUAAAUGAUGAAUUGGAUUUGCGAAUAGCAAGUGUUCUUCAGAGUACAGGGCACCAGUAUGAUGGCGGAUUCUGGACAGACCAUACAAAGCAUGAUAUGUCAGACGAUAAAAGGCAUGUUGCAAUAGUCACAACUGCUAGUCUUCCUUGGAUGACAGGAACUGCUAUAAAUCCACUCUUCCGAGCUGCAUAUCUAUCACAGUUUACAAAGCAGAAAGUCACACUGCUAGUUCCGUGGCUUUGUACAUCGGAUCAAGAGCUAGUUUAUCCCAGCAAUCUCACUUUCACUUCACCAGAAGAACAGGAGAUUUAUAUACGUAAUUGGCUUGAGGAAAGUAUUGGUUUUAAAGCAGACUUCAAGAUAUCCUUUUAUCCUGGGAAGUUUUCAAAAGCGAGGCGAAGUAUAAUAGCCGCUGGAGAUACUUCUCAAUUUAUACCAUCUAGGGAUGCUGACAUUGCUAUUCUGGAAGAACCAGAACAUUUGAAUUGGUAUCAUCAUGGUAAGCGUUGGACAAAGAAAUUCAACCAUGUUGUCGGUAUUGUCCACACAAAUUACUUAGAAUAUAUCCAGAGAGAGAAAAAUGGGGCCUUCCAAGCUUUUUUGGUGAAACACAUAAACAACUGGGUUACGAGAGCAUACUGCAACAAGGUUCUUCGUCUUUCUGCUGCCACUCAGGAUUUACCCAAGUCAGUAAUUUGUAAUGUUCACGGUGUGAAUCCUAAGUUCUUAAACGUUGGAGAAAAAAUUGCUGCAGAUAGAGAGCUUGGGCAGAAAGCCUUCACAAAAGGGGCAUAUUUCUUGGGAAAGAUGGUUUGGGCAAAGGGAUAUAAGGAAUUAAUAUCUUUAUUAGCAACGCGUAAGAGUGAACUUGAUGGCUUCAAGUUGGAUGUAUUUGGUAAUGGAGAAGAUGCUAGUGAAGUUCAGAGUACAGCCAAAAGGUUGGGUUUGAAUAUUAAUUUUCAGAAAGGAAGGGAUCAUGCUGAGGAUUGUCUUCAUGGGUACAAAGUCUUCAUUAAUCCUAGUCUUAGUGAUGUGCUCUGUACUGCUACGGCUGAGGCUCUUGCCAUGGGAAAGUUUGUAGUUUGUGCUGAUCAUCCAUCAAAUGAGUUCUUCAGGUCAUUCCCAAACUGUUUGACUUACAAGACAUCUGAAGACUUCGUGGCAAAAGUAAAAGAAGCAUUAGAGAAGGAUCCUCAUCCUCUUACACCAGAGCAAAGAUAUCAACUUUCUUGGGAGGCUGCUACUAAAAGAUUUAUGGAAUAUUCUGAGCUCGACAGAGUGAUGAACAAGGAAAAAUCGAGUACUGAUAAUGGAAAACUCGUUGCUCAUUCAUUAUCAAUGCCUAAUCUGUCAGAAAUAGUAGAUGGAGGAUUAACAUUUGCUCACUACUGUCUCACUGGGAAUGAGUUCUUACGACUUUGUACUGGAGCAAUACCCGGGACACGUAAUUAUGACAAGCAGCACAGUAAAGACCUUCAUCUGUUGCCUCCACAGGUAGAAAAUCCCAUAUAUGGCUGGUGAAGAUUGACUAAAUUCAAUUACUGGAGCAAUAUUUUAGACACCUGACUAUGACAAGCACUGUAAAUACCUUCAUCUAAAAUCCUCACAGGUUAAAAAUCGUUUUAAAGCCUAGUGAAUAGAUUUACUGGUCUGAAUUUGUAGUUUCUGCCUUGUAUUAUAGUUAUUGGCAAAUUAGUAGUUGACUAAGCUCAGUCCAUUUUUGUUAGUUUUUUAGUUUUCUUAUUAUCAGAAUACAUUGUCAAUUCAUUCUUCCCCACCUAAUUGUUGGGAGUUAAAUGGCUUCAAUACUCAUUUCUUAUUUGGACUGGUUGUAUGACAACCAAGGGUACAAACUAAGAAGGUUGGACUGGUUA